CUUCCUGGUAUCCUGGAGCAUGGUGCUUGCGCUGCUGCCUUCAAGAAGCAUAUGUACACACCAGGUCGUAUAGUGAUCCACUGACCCAUCCUAAUCACCUGCCAACCUUACCUUCAACAAGCACCAACCCAUUUCCCACGGCAGUCAGCAAAGAAUCUGUAUUUAGCGGUUCUCGAUUUAUACUCGAUACAAAUGUUUCUCAAACAUUUACGUCAUACAAAUAAAGAAAAAGCACUAGGUACAUGGGACCUAAAGACACACAUACACACACACACACACACACACACCUGAGUAACUGUAUAGUAGUGCGUUAUUUGUGGCUGAGACUGUAAGUUCAAUCCAAGUGCAGAAAUUAUGUUCACAACCCUAGUAGAACCAGAUGGGCUUUGCUACCUAAAGGUGAGAUUCUUUAGUUACAUUUAAAGACAUAAAUCAUCAGCCAUCUACAAAUCCUGUCGAAACACACACACACACACACACACGGGCAGCAGACUGAUUCAAUAACAGAAGCCAGACUAACUUGUGGACAAAAAAAUAUAUAUAUGCAAAAAAAUAGUAGUAUGUGAAAAUUUAAAUAGGAGAAAAGAGAAAAUAUGGGAAGAAUCAUUUGAAAAAUAUAAGGUUCAACCCUAAAUAAUCUAUAUGUGAAUGAAAAACUGAAAAGGCAAAAGGGAAAUCAAUAAAUCAUAUGAAAAAAGACUAUUGUUAACGAUCUCGUUACAGUAACAUUUUGCCACGACCAGCAUGUCUAGCCACUUUUCAAUCCUGCCUCACCCAUCCGGUUGAGACAGGAAAGGACUCGAUCCGUGUCUACCUGUGGGGAAGACUCGACCAGCAGGACUCGGCAUUGCUCACUUCUACCUUGGGCAUCGUCCCGGCCUCCUGUACCCCUUACAGUAAACGAGGUUGCUGCCUACCUUGAAGCCAACCAAGCACACUCCUCGCCACACUGCAGGAGACGUGUCAUCCUCAUCUUUCUGACGGACGCCUCCCACUCUGCUGGAGACGCCAACCUACUUGCUACCGUUCUCCGUGCCUAGUAUAAGCACGAUUGGCCUGCCUUCUACGCCGUCACCACUGCCUGGACAUGUACCUCACCAUCGCAAGUGUUGUUAAUGCCGUACCGUUGUACUGCUUCACCCAUCCUAUGGGCGUUCAGGAACAGCAUUGUGUUCUUGGCAGUGGAUUUGCUUAUUAAAAUAGUGGUUUUU